CUACUCUGAGCUAUCAAAACAUCAACUAUCUACCAAAAUCCUUCCCCUUGAUUGUUCGAGUUACAAACUUCGGAUAUCUUCAUUUGGAUGCUGGAUCACGUGAGUGGUAUGUUUGGUGGAGUAUAGCAAGAUCACUUCCACAAACCAUUCCACUCAUCAACACAUUUUCUAAGUAUAAGCUAAGCCUAUUUCUUCUGUUGUAUUAGUAAUAUGUACAAGUGAAUACUGCCAAUUAUCAUACAAUCAAAUUGAUUACACCUUCAUUGAUUAUCAACGGUCGAUUACCAAACUUUGCUUCACUGUCAUUUAAUUUCAACAAGUGUCACGUCAUAGACUUUCCGCUUAUCCUUGCUGACUAAAAACCCAGAGUAUUCCCUUACUGAGACAUCAUGUCUGAAGGAAACUCCAAUCACAAUCAUUUAGAUGACUUAGAAAAUGAGCUAGACAGCAUAUACAACACGUAUGUCAACCCAACCAACAACAACAGUACGGAGACCCUUGAUUCCGAAAAGGAUAGGGCACCAGGGCUUGGAGGAUACAAGUUCAAAGGUAGCCAACACUUACCACCUGUCCACAUUUCCUCAAGGCUAUCGUCAAUGCAAACAGACGAGGAUGGCGUGAAGAGUGCACCAUUGAGUCCCUCCUCGGCAUCUUCCUUCGAUUUCAAUAUGGCUCAGAGAAGGUAUCCUGCUAUGACGAACUCAUCUUUGAAUGUCUUGGUUGGUGCUAACAGCGUGGAUUCUGAUAUUAAGGACAUCAUUACUCUAGAUGCAUCCCAGGAUGGUGUUAAGAAAGUUGAAGCAUCUCCAAAAGUUGAAGAAGAAGACUGGAAUGAAAAAGGAGCGGCAGAGAGAAGGGUAUCGAAUGGAAGCAAUUAUAGAAUCGUCAGAAGAACUGUUCAAGACUUCAAGUUCGGUAAAUCCCUUGGAGAAGGCUCUUAUUCAACUGUUGUUCUUGCUACAGAUAAGCAUACAUCAAAAAACUAUGCAUGCAAAAUUUUAGACAAAACCCAUAUCAUAAGAGAAAAGAAGGUAAAAUAUGUCAACAUCGAAAAACAUGCCUUGAAUCGGUUAAGCAACAGAAUGGGUGUCAUUUCGUUGUAUUUUACGUUUCAAGAUAAGUCAUCUUUAUAUUUUGUUUUAGACUAUGCGUCUAAUGGAGAGCUUUUGUCAUUGAUUAAGCAACACCACACCCUUAAUGAAGACUGUGUCAGACAUUUUGGUGCCCAAAUCUUGGAUGCUAUCAAGUACAUGCACGAUAAUGGUGUCAUUCAUAGAGAUAUUAAACCAGAGAAUAUUUUGCUAGAUGAUAAGUUGAGAAUUCAAAUAACUGAUUUCGGUACGGCAAGAUUAUUAGAGAAGAAGAAUGAUGAGAGCGAGGAAUAUCCUGUCGAUGUCAAAGCAAAAUCGUUUGUUGGUACCGCAGAGUACGUUUCGCCAGAGCUUUUAGAAAGCAAAUAUUGCGGAAAGCCUGGUGAUAUCUGGGCAUUUGGUUGUAUCAUUUAUCAAAUGAUUGCAGGAAAACCCCCUUUCAAAGCUACAAAUGAAUAUUUAACAUUCCAAAAGAUCACUAAGUUACAGUUUGCAUUCAGUGCCGGAUUUCCCACAGUUGUGAGGGACUUAAUUAAACAAAUCUUGGUCUUGCAACCAUCUAGAAGAGCAACUAUACCUAUGAUUCAAAAGCAUUACUUCUUCAGUUCAGUUGAUUUUGAUGAUUUUGACCUGAUUUGGUACAGAGAACCCCCAGAAAUAGGACCUUACAAAAUGACUGCCAAAUCCAUGUCCAAGGUUCCUGAAUUAACAAAGCAGUACUCUCAGCAACAAAUAGUGGUCAAGAAAGCAAAUAAAAAGAGUGUGAAAGCAGAGCCUCGGACUGUCAGCGAAGGAAAUGGCAAAUUAGUUAACCCUGCAAGUGCAGCUGCAUUUGUUUUGAACAAAAAGAAUCCCUCUGAGAGUAGUUUGAAUGAUAGCGACUCACCAUUGGAAUCCGAUAAUGUGGCUUCGGCUUCGGUGGCGACUUCAAGAGUACCUUCGGCACCCGAAUACAUUCCAGGAACAAAUAUUCUUAGACCCACAAUCAACACUAGGGCUUCCUUUCGGAGCUCGUCCACUCAGAAGAAGACUCCAAAGCCAAAACCCAAACCAAAGGUCAUGGAAGUAACUCCGAUAACAACAUUGGAAGCUGCAUGGGGUGCGUACUUGAAGCACCCAGAUGAAAGGAUUCUUAAAAUAGGACCGGUUCAAGCGAGCAGGGAACUUACGGAGUCUUUUGAACGUCGACACAAAGGAUUGUUACACAAUGCUCCACUUGGCAUGGCCAAUAAAAUGCAGGGAACUAGGAGCUCGACCAGUUUGUUAUCGCAAGUUGUUAACGGAUCCUCAGCCGGAUUGAGAGGUUCUAUUUCUUCCUCUGCUGGUGAACUCGAGGAUGAGUCCGAUGCAGUUACCAAUUACUUUGAAAUUGAAGAAAUUGGAGAUACUGAGCCAGAAUCCUCCGAAAGUAACACUAGCAGAUACAGUACUUCUGCGUUAUUCAAAAAACUUCGUAUUGGUCAUGCUGAUAAGGGAAAAGAGGCUUUAUUAUCUAGUGAUGAAGCUUCUUCUAAUGGAGCAGUACGUCAGCAUCCACUUGACAAGACUAGAACUUGUACUUUGGUCUUAACUACUCAUGGAAGAACCUUGAUAUUCUUGAGAACCGAAAAAGAGAGUAACGCUAGAUUGAUUAGUGAGAUAAAAUUGGGAUAUCCGUUCGUUCAGAUCAAGGAAUUGGUUUCGUCUGGUGGAAAGUUUCAAAAAAUGUUGCCUUCAACAGGUGUCUUUGCUAUUGAAUCCAUCGAGACCACUUUUGCUUUCGAAGUUAAUAAGAUUGAAGUCAAUCAAUGGACUGAAGCAUUGGCCAGGUCCAAAAUCAACCAGUUCGAGCGGACAAGGGCUCAACAAGGACUGAUCACCAGAUCGGAGUCAAGCCCAAGGAUUCUGUCAUCACCUAGACUCCAGGAGUCACCUUCAUUUAACGUUGGAUCCCAACGUAGAACUGUUACAACUGAAGAUAGAGAAAAACACGAUACUCGUCAUGAAUCCAGUCCUACCACAACACCCAAGGGUCGCUCUUCUACAGAUGGAAAACCUCUGCACUUGUUGGCUGCGAAAAUCAAGAAUAAGGCUACCAGCAUCAGAAGAAAGCCACCCCCACCAAUUGGCUCCCCAAAUGGGGUGAGUAUGUCAACUGGACUUGCACAUGAUUUGGGUAGCAAUGAUAAUGGCUUGCAGGCAGCCGUUUUGGCGGUAUCUAACAACUCUCACAACAUUCCUAGUCCGACCUACAGACGUUCCAGCUUUACCAAGGAAGAUAAGUCCAGACUGAGACCUCCUACUGCUGUGCGUACAUCUGCUAGCCCCUCAGGCGGAGUCACUUCCAAGAACUCUAAAUUUCUCGCUCGAAGCCAGAGAACUAAAUAGUGAAUGCAGCAUAUGUUAUCGCUUUUAAAUGAUAAGUCACCAAAGGACCGUAUUCGGGUGUGGAUUGUGUAGUUACAGGUUUAGAAUUAGAGUUAAGGAUGUUUCAUUUGCAUCAAAAUGUAUCAAUCUGUGGUUCUUGGACAGCAUUGGAACCCAGGGUCUAAUAGCACGUGAUGGAUGUCCCAAAAUGUAAAGAAAAAAGCAGUCACUAAUUCACGUGAGACACUGUGAUUGUUGGUCUGUGGCCCAGCACUCCCCACCAAGCCGCACUUUCCCUAAUAGGAAGGUAUUACCCGGCCAAAUGCCUGCUUUGUGUAACUAAAAUUUUCACCUAGUGUGCGGGUGAUGGAGCGGUAACGAGACCACUACUCUGAUCAAAAUAGUUUAUAAAAAUUUUCAAAAGAGGUUUCUCUACUAGUACAUCACAUCAAAAUGGC